CCGUGCGCCGAACUGCGCGUGAAACCACUAUCAUCCACAAUGACCGCAGCAUGUCGUCGCAGGAUCAACACUAUAUAUGCUUGAAGACACAGAGGUCCUGAGGGGAAAUUAACAAGCAAUUAUGGAUAAACGCGACAAGACGGCGAAAGAAGAAUCAGGGAAGUCAACUAAACGCAAGGAUAAAAUCACAGGGAAGCUGUUUCGGAGGAAAUCGUUGAAAUCCGUGGAAAGUUUGGUGACUAGGAUUAUGAAAAGUUUCGGAAGCUGGGCUGGCGGUGGAGAAACAACUGAACGCUCGGAGGCUGACGAAGACGAUGGUGGGUUUGGAGAGAGCGCACCUUGCACUGGAAACUCUGGACAUCUGAAAAAAGAGGAAGGUGGCCAGGGGAUGAAAAGUUCAUCGCUUCCCACCGGACAGUCUUCGCUAUACGGCGAUAAAACGCCAGGCGUGAUAGGUUUGAAGAACCACGGGAACACCUGCUUCAUGAACGCCGUUGUGCAAUGCUUGAGCAACACGGAUUUGCUCGCUGAAUACCUGGGCUUGGAGAGAUUUAAACAGGAUCUGUGUCAUAUAAACGGGUUUGUGAGGAGUGGGAACGUACAGCACGAGAAGGGAGAAGUAACGGAACAGCUCGCGUCCCUUGUUAGAGCGCUUUGGACUUUUCAAUACACGCCUCAACUCUCGGCGGAUUUUAAGAUGACUGUGUCUAAAUAUGGAGCACAGUUCCAGGGGAACUCCCAGCAUGAUGCUCUGGAAUUCCUGCUUUGGCUGUUGGACCGCCUGCAUGAGGACGUCAACUUGUCCUCCACCUUCCCCAGUGGGAAUAACAAAAGCAAAUCCAGUGGAAAGAUUCAAGAAGGAGGUGAAGAGAAGCUUGAUGGUCUGACCCCACCAAAUAUGCAGCCUGGUGUACGCCACAGCUUCGUACAAGAGCAUUUCCAAGCGCAAUACAAGUCAUCUCUGACGUGUCCUCAUUGUCUUAAGCAGAGCAAUACAUUUGAUCCUUUUCUGUGUAUAUCUCUCCCUAUUCCUUUAAGACAGACAAGACCCGUCUGUGUGACUCUGGUGUUUAGUAAUAAAGGGCAGCGGUAUCUGCGAGUGGGGCUCACUGUGCCUCUCUUCGGAUCUUUGGCAUGUUUGCGCAGGAUGGUGGCAGAUGAGGGCAAGAUCUCUCCAGAUCAGGUGAUAUUGACUGAGAUCUACACAACAGGCUUCCAGCGUUCUUUCUUUGAUGAUGAUGACUUGACCAGCAUAGCAGAGAGUGACAUCAUUUAUGCCUUCCAAGCUCCGCCCCUUUACAUCAGGGGUGGAUCUGCACGAAUCUCAGGGUUCCACCACAGUCUUCCGUCCUCCCCGUAUGCCUCGUCCUGUGGGCCGGAGAGUCAGAGACUGGCUGUGUCUGGAGCGUUGUCCUCUGAGUUCCUCAACCAGGCUGAUGGGAUGCUAAAGAUCUUGCUGCUGGUUUGUAAUACAGCCGGAGUGGGACAGCAGGCAGUGAGAUUUGGCCCUCCAUUUCUGAUGAGAGAUGACAGAUCAGUGUCCUGGGACCAAUUACAGCAGAGCAUCCUCAAUAAACUCUACUAUCUAAUGAUCAAUGGGUCACAAGCACAGAACUUCAGGGUGUUGUUCAAGAUUCGUGUUGUGGGGGGAUCUCCAUCAUAUAGCUACUUAAAUCCACAAGAUCGACGACCACUUUAUCACCCUGCAGUGGACAGGGCAUUAAAGCUGUGCAGCGCAGGUGGACCUCCACAUGUGAAGCUCGUUGUUGAAUGGGAGCACAGAAUCAAAGACUGUCUGUUUGGUAAUAUACAGGAGGAGGUGGUGAAGGACUCAGAGAGUGUUCGUACUCAACAGCAACACCACGUUCAACAGCAAAGCUGCACACUGGACGAGUGCUUUGAGCUUUACACCAAAGAAGAACAACUGGCCCCUGAUGAUGCAUGGAAAUGCCCUCACUGUAAGCAGCUACAGCAGGGUAUGGUGCAGAUGAGUCUGUGGACGCUCCCCGACAUCCUCAUCCUCCACCUCAAACGUUUCCGACAGGUAGGAGACCGCCGCAACAAGCUCUCCACACUGGUCCACUUCCCCCUUACGGGUCUCGAUAUGAGCCGCCAUGUGGUCAAGAGGAGCAACUGCGCCCGACUGCCACCUGGCUCGAAACAUCAAGCCCACAACAGGCUUGACAGCAGCAGAAAUUCACCAGACUUCCUGUACGACCUGUAUGCUGUGUGUAACCAUCAUGGAGGCAUGCAUGGGGGCCAUUACACAGCAUACUGCAGGAAUUCAAUGGAUGGACAGUGGUACGCCUAUGAUGACAGCAGUGUUGAGCUAGUACCCGAGGGGGAAGUGUGCACACGUGGUGCUUAUAUCCUGUUUUACCAGAGACGUGACGCAAUUCCAUCCUGGUCAGCUAGCUGUUCCCUACGAGGCUCCACCAGCUCCUCUGCAUCAGAUCACUGGCUUUUCCGACUGACUGCGGACAACCACAUUUCCAGUCCUUCUAGCAAGCUGUCCAACACAUCUUCAGUUCCUGAACCCCAAACCCCACACAUUCCUGUUAUCCAUGAGCCCCCUAAAGAAGACAUUGAUGGAAUUGAGCCAAAGCGAUUUGUAAGGGGUAGUCGGGGCCACAGUAUGAGUAUGCGUUACAACUCCAAAUCCAAGGCAGGCCCAGGUAAAGUUCUUCCACUACGCUGGUCAUUUGGUUCCAAGGAUCGUCGAAAACCCUCAACUGUAGCACCACAAACUGGAACUGACGAGCUGGUGGAGUACCUUGAGUCUGGCCGACGGCCUCGUUGUACCAAGGAGCCCAUAGUUAGCAUUGUAGCAAGUCCUUCACAGGUUGAAGCUCAGCUUGGUGAAGAUGAUUCUCUUAGCUCCCCAAGUGGUUGUAGCAGUCUCAACGGUGUGGAGAGAAGGAGCUAUCAAGGUCCAGAUUCGCCCCGAUUACCCGAAGGCCAGAGCAGACUAGCGCUGGAUCUUCACAGCAUUCAUUCUAAUGGCAAUGCAAGAACUGAUGGCACAGUGGCCAAGAACAGUUCGAAAACAACCAGGCAGGAGCAAGCAGAAAGGACUCAGGACAGAAAGUCUCUUCGAGGUUCCCCUACUGGGUUACACAAUGGGACUAGAUCAGCAAUUAAUGGUGCCUCUCAUUCCAGAGAAACUACAUUAAAAAGACUCCGAAGCCAACCAGAUGCAACUAACAGGAAUCUUGGUCAAACACAGGUGGUCACUGGGUCCAAAGCUGAGGAACGUAGGACUAAAGAUGGCAUCCUUUCCGUCAACUCUGGCCCUACACAUACAAUUGCCCAAUUCCAGGAUGGGAGGUCUAAGGAGGUGGGGCAUGGGAAAUCUCUUUCCAAUAAGAGCUUGGCCAAAUCAUCUCAAUCCAAUGGCACUCUAAAUGGUAAGGGUGUUGAAGUGAGGAAAACCAGUUAUACCCACAGGAUCACCAAUAAACCAAGAGAAAUCCAGAUUUCUUCAAACUCAGCUGAUAUAAAACGUGCCCACAGCUCAUCCAAUAUUCAAAGCAAGCUAGAUAUGACUUUGAAGAGGACAUUGUCUCUCCAAAGAAACGGUCCGCUGGUGACAACCCAUAAGGGACUUGCGGUAGAUAAAAUCUCCUAUGCAACGCUACAGAGAAUUAGAUAUAGCAGCACUUCACUUGGCAGACAGAGACCUGUUCCUGAGUCCUGCUUCUGACAUGUUUCAUAUUCACUGUGGAAAAGAGUGGUUUUUAUAUAUUUUGUUUGUAUGUAGGCAUCUGGCAUAACAUAGUCUCCCCUACAAACUCUGGGGGGAAUUUAGUAAGAAAGAAUUGCACCCACUGAUACUGUAACAACAUUUAUGUAUUUUGGCAGACACUUUUAUCCAAAGUGACUUACAGUGCAUUUAAGGCAUAAAUGUUUUCAGUUUGUUUGUUCCCUGGGAAUCUAACCCAUGAUCUUGCCGUUGCUAGCGCCAUGCUCUACCAGUUGAGCGACAGUAACCCAUUCAUAGAAAUUCAAGUGUAAUACCUGCCGGGUGGGGAUCGAACCUCCAACCUUUAGAACUAUAGUCCAGAUCUUGACACUAUGUAGUAAGAAAAUUAGUUAUUAGUAUACUAAUGAAUGUUUCCAUGCACUGUCUGCAUUGUUUGAGCACCCAAUUGACUAAAGGAAUUAGGCAAAUCAGCUAACGACGCGAAUACGGCCAUAAAAUUAGCACUGAUCACAAUUUGCGCUGGGGAGAUGCACCCAAUUAAACAAAUAAGGUGAAAUUAGUGCUGAUUGCAAAUUGUGCGGGGGGCAAUAACAGUGAACAUAUGUGCAUAGACAAUGGCUGAAAGACAGCGAGUGGUCAAAUUUCAUAAUGGGAACUCAAUGUUUUUCCACAGAAACUUAGAAUAUAUUCCAAUUCGCCUGGCUACAAUUACUGCUACCAUGAUCGCAAGAAAAUGUACACAAACAUCCCUUUUAACCACCUAGCAUUUUGUGGGCUGUAAUGGCAUAAUGUGAAUUGUGUCAAGCAAAUAGGGGUGUUGUUUGUGUAUCUGGUAUAUUCUAAAAUUAGCCUUAUUUGCAUAGAAAUUAGGCAUGUUUGCCCAGAAAAAAUGACAAUAGCUUAAUUUAAAUGUUCAUGUUGUAGCGCUAUGGCACCAAAAUAGUGCCUUGUUAUGAAGGACUGUGGAAGGUUUGUAAAUAAAAUGCUGGUUUUUGUGCUAAAAUACAAGGUACUACAGUGGCACAACUGUUUAAUGCAACCUGGUCUCAUAGAAUUGCGUUAAUAUACCUACAGUACCUUUUUUUUUUUUUUUUUUUUGACUCGUUACGCGGCCAUGAUAUUAGAACACUUUUACAGUAGUACAUGACUUGUAAUGCGAUACAUUUUAACUAGGGCUUUCAAUUGAUUAAGAUUUUAAUCAAAUUAUUUACAUGGUAUGCUGAUUAAUUAAUCUAAUUAAUUGCAUAUCUAAAUAUUUGCUGAAAAAUCCCUCAAAAAACAAUAAUUCAAUAUAUAUUGAUUUAGUAAUUAGAAAUAGUUAUAUUUAAAUAAUAAUAAAUAAAAUAUAUUAUACAAAAUAAUAAUUCAGAUAAUUAAAAUGAAUGACAUUAAAGCAUUGAUUAUUUCCAUUAUUAUUGAACAUUCAUUGGCUUACAGUUCACAGCAAUCCAUUUUUCAAUUGUAUUCAUAAAUCAGUCCAAGAUAGAUUUAUUAGAAAGGAUUAUCUAAGGACAUGUCAAUGUACACCUGCAUCAGACAGACGCUUUUGGAACGUCUCACUUUGGUUCCGUUGCUUCAUAAACAUACCAUUUUUAGGUCGCUGUGUCACGUUUAACGUAAUUUGAAACUUAGAAAAACACGUCUUGAGAUCCCUGCGUUUGGAUUUGCGCUCCAUCAAGCUGUGUUUGAAUGCAAGAAUGCAUCUUGUGCUGUCUGCUGUCCAUAAGUGUGGUUUGUUGUUCUCUGUAUAAGCUGCGUGCUGCAUAUACAACUGGAGUUUCGCUUACUGCCCCCUGGAGAAAACAGGAGGUACUUCAAGCUUGAAUUGCUCCGUUGGAAUAUUACUUAUUACGGUCCGGGGACAUUAUUGUGAUAAUUUUUUAAUAUAUAUAUAUAUAUAAUUAAUUGCACUGAAUUAGCAUGUUAAAAUCGACAACCCUAAUUUUAUCAUUUGCGUUACAUAACCAACUACAUUUACAAGCUUGUACUAGUUUGGUCAAAUUGCGUGGUAGCUCAAGAAAAGUACGAGUCCUGAAGAGCAUGUGAGCCGAAAGUGUCAUAGAAAACGUGGCUGCUUCAGCAAUUGCGUUUUUCAUCUCAAAUUUGCUUUUAUGAAACUAUCGGUAAGGUUUAGGUUUAAGGUUUACGGUAGGGAGGUCGGUUUUGUUGAUUUAAACUCAAUAGAGCAUUAACCGUAAAACCUUGUUUGUUUGAGAUAAAUUUUACCCGCUUUUAGCUCUACACGGUGGACAUUUCACCUCAGAACUGCUGCGAUACGUGUAAUGAACUAUGUAAUAUAAUUUACAAAAAUGUCGCCACAGUCACGUAAUUUUUAUGAGAUCAGACUGGUUAAAUGAAUUCGCCCCUCUUUCUUCCUGUUAUAACAGAGGGCCUCACUCUACUUGUGGUUUUAACAAUAUAUAACUUGCAUAUCUCAAAGACUGGUUUGAGGAAAAAACAGCUUAAACCAGCCUAAGCUGGUCUUUCAGCCUGACCAGCUGUGCCUUAAACCCCUCUAAAUUAAAACAGACCACCCUAACCACUUUAGGCUGAUGUAAGCUAUUUUCUUUCAGCAGGGUCACAUGUGCAGUAUUACACUUGGAAGGAGUUGGUAAGUGGAAUAAUUACCCAAUUAACAUUAUAACUAAUAAUACUGUAGGAUCCACGACAGUUUUGCCAAAAGAGUCAAACUACUCUGUCUGAUGACACAAAAUGGAAGUCUGCUUUAUGCAUUUAGUAGAACUGCCAUGUAUAUUUAUCCAAGUGCCUUUUUGCAAUUAUCUCAAGAGAGUAACAAUCUAACAUUGGAACAGAGUGUCUGGUUUUACUGAAUAUACAUGUCUGAAUAUACAUGGGCCCAUCUCUCCACAGUUAUAAUAAAUCCAUUCGGUAUAGACACAGGUCAACAACACAAACCUACACAAACUCACAGGGAUGCAAUAAUUUAAGUCACUCUCCACAAUAUCCCAAAUGGCACAUAUAAAAUGCAUUAAACAUUUCACAUCACUGUGCACUUGAUUCACUUUUUUUUUUUUUUUACGAAACGAAUGGGCUAUGCAAGCACAAUCAGACAUGGUGCAUGUAUAUAUCCUGCCCUUCUGUUAUUAUUAUUAUCAUCAGUGUGUUUAAGCAGUAGCUGGAAAGUGAGCACUAAUGUACCUUGAAACCUCUAAAUUGCUCAAAUCAGCAUGCUGAUUCUGCAAAGUAGCAAUAGCCGCAAUACAUUUCAAAUAAAUACUUGUAUUGUGAUUGGUAUCAUUACUGCAUUUUGCUUAAACCUUUAUAUGUGUACAUUUAGGGAAAUGAACAGAGAAUGGAAAUGCAAUGAGUCAUAAAAAGGGGACAAUAUAUUAAAGCUGAUAUAAUAUGUAAUUUUUUUCAUGUUAAAAUUCUUUCUUGUCCCAGCUUAAUAUACAGAGUUUAACUGGGUUUAUCUAUUCAUUUUGUAUAUUUGAAUGUGAGUACUACUCAUCAAAGUUGCUGUUAUAGAUGUCACUGCCAUGUGCCAGGGGGUCUAAUUACCAAACAAGCUUCAUGUAAUCUUACUUAACUCUAUUAUACCACUUACGCAUUAAGUAAUUCAUUAAAUGAUAAUCAGAAUGCUCUUUCCCAACCUUUUCCUGUGCAGUCCCUAAGUGAAGGGACCUCUCAUAUACCUACUCAAUUUAAAUAUGACAAUGCUGUGGACCUGAAAUUGGAGUCUCUUUGUUAUUGCUAAUGUGCAAAAAACAUGUAGAGCUGUGGUUAUGUAAUACUUAAAAAUCAGUGUGUUAUGACUUAAGGUUGUUGGAUUGAAUUAUUACUGGGUACAUUUAUACAAAAAGACCCAAAGAAAGAUAUAAAAAAAAAAAAAAAAAUUCCUUUUGCUUCGAAGGGAUAAAAGUUUUAUAUGCAAACGUUUUUAAACAGCACAGUCUAAUGAAUGUACACUGGCUGUAUUAUUAUUGCUUAUGAGGGAGCAAGUUAAUACGAACUUCAAAAUUGUGUGUUUUAUAUAAUACAUUGCAACUGGAGUUAUUUUUAGUGUAGGAAAUUAAACACUUUGUCACAACUUCUAAAAAGCACUUUUUUAAAGAUUUGUGUGGGCUGUUUGUUCCGCUCUAAAAACAAAACAAAAACCCAGACGGAUUAGAAUCUUAUACAUUAAAAAAUUUCCUUGACUCUGAGAUUAUCAUUUUAAUAAUUCAUGCUUUGAAAUGAAGCAGUGCAUUCUGGAUGUCAAUAGCAACAUACAGUAUGCUGUUACAUGGCAUUGCCUGAUAUAUCUACCAACCUGCUUAUUGUUACAGCGAUAAAAGCUUUAUAAAGAUACAAAUAAAACAUUGUGGCCCUAUAUUGUGUCUGUUCUGCAUGAAAAGUUAUAAUACCAAUAAUUAUUAUUAUUAUUAUUUAAAAUAAUAAUAUAAACAAAAUAAUCAAAAUUAUAAUAUAAAAAAUAGUAUAUAAUAAUAAAGUUGUAUUUGUUAUAUUUUGGGUUCAAUUGACAGCAUUUUUGCAUAAUGUUGAUUACCACAAAAAAUAA